AUGGGCUCCUUCAAGGGAUAUCCUGCCUCAGACGUCGCAAUGGUCGACUCCAAGGCAUGGUUGCUUGCAAUGUCUGGCAUUGCUCAUCAGCACUCAUCAGCAGGGGCAACCAUCCAUGACAGAGCUCUCAGUGAGCCGAAGCUCAUUGAUGUCAGCUGUGCCUUUGAGGAAGGCUGCCGAGUGCUUGUCGUGGGAGGCAACGGCGCCGGGAAGUCUACGCUUCUUUCAAUCAUGGGUGGAAAGAAAAUGAUCCCUCGAAGUGAUUGCAAAAUCUUGGGAAAGCCGGUUUUCCACGAUUCCACGCUGAACCUGGAGCGGAUGUACUGUGGCGACUGGUGGCGAACAGACUUUUUCUUCAAUAUUACAGUUGCAGAGCUGAUUGGUGACAAGCUUCUGAACACACCACGCGUGCAAGAGUUGAUUGACAUAAUGCAGAUCAACACCACAUGGUACAUCAAUGCCAUCAGCGAUGGUCAGAGACGCAGGUGCCAGCUGCUAGAAUGUCUGGCAGAAGAGAAGAAGGUCUACAUCUUGGAUGAGAUCACCACGGACUUGGAUCUUUUUGCACGGGAAGGCUUGCUGCGAUUCUUGCGCAGGGAAUCCGAGGAGAAGGGAGCGACCAUCUUCUACGCGACUCACAUAUUUGACCACCUGGCCGACUGGGCAACUCAUGUCCUGUAUUUUUGUCAGGGCAAGAUCGAGAAGGACUGGAUAUCCCGCAGCUAUGGUGGGAGCCAACAGGACAUCGAAAAUGCAGGGGAAGGCGUUCAGAACAGCCUAUAUGCUUCUUUUACCACGUUGUGGAAGGACUGCUCAACAACCGGACCUGAAGUAGAGGAAGUUGAUGGUCCGGUCUUGGAAACGAAGAAUCUGACCUACUCAUAUGCAGGUGGUAGCCCUCAGCUGAAGAAUGUGUCCUUCCACUUUGGUCGUGGUGCACGCAUCCUUGUGGUUGGAGCAAAUGGUGCCGGCAAGUCCACCUUGCUGUCGAUCCUGGGCGGCAAGAGGAUGAUCCCACGCGGCCAUGCGUCUGUUAUGAAGAAGGACUGUUUCCAUGAUGGAGGCGUCUCGCAGCACAUCAUGUACUGUGGUGACUGGUGGCGAACAAAAUUCUUCAUGAACUUGACUGUCGGAGCUUUGCUGGGGGAGAUGGCCCAGUCCGAGCGUUGCAUCCACCUGGCCAAAGUGCUGCAGGUGGAUAUGGAGUGGAAAAUCAACGAGGUGUCUGAUGGUAUGCGCCGUCGCUGUCAGCUUUUGGAAUGCUUGGCAACUCCUCGAUCAGUAUAUCUGAUGGACGAGAUUACAUCCGACUUGGACCUGUACGCCCGGGAGGGCAUUCUGAGCUUCCUCCGGGCAGAAUGCGAAAUACGCGGCGCUACGAUCUUUUAUUGCACCCAUAUCUUUGACCACUUGGAGGGCUGGGCCAGCCACCUGCUGCACCUCUCACAGGGCGAGGUGGUGAAGUUCUGUCCGAUGGAUGAUGUCUCAGAGUACCACGACCUCUGCAAGGAGGGGAAUGCCACCCCUUUGUAUUCAUUGGUGAGACGAUGGAUUUACCAGGAAUACGACGCCAGCGAGGGCGCGCAGCCCUGGAGGAAGCUUGCGAAGACAGAGGAUGGGCGUUUGCCCAACUUGGGUCUGGCAGGGCCCUUCCAAAUGACGAGUGGAUGA